AUGCCCUCACGGCGGUCGUUCCCCUUCACUAGUGGAUCCAGGGCGCCGAAGCGUGGUCCAGAACUCCCCCUGGACCAGGAUUUCAGUAUCGACGAUAUCUUGCGAGCGAUCGAGCCCGAUCUGCGAAGUACUUUGGAGGCCAUCGGAGAGAUCUGCGGUCGGAGCAAGCUCAGCCUGGCCAACGAGUAUGGCAGCCAUAUUGCACCCUUGGGCGAGAUCCGAGCUCCCCCAGGUGGUCUCUUGACCGUGGAGGAGGCCAGCUCCGACCAUGAAAGGCAUCCUGACGAUGCUGUAUUGAUCUUCGACGACGACAGUACCAGUGUCAUCGGCGCGCGGGACUAUGCUUCGGUUCCUCACUAUCGCUACUUGGAACAUAUCGGACCACCAGCAGGAUCGCCUUCCGCCAUGGUAUAUCACUCGUUCGCACCCUUCUCGCUCGCAGAGGGCUCAGGGUUACUUACUCAAUCCGACACCCCACAAGCACUUCUUGCUAUCAACUCUCCAGACCCUAUUGCAGACUCACUCCCUACGACAAGAGAGUUUGCAUCUAAACCGAACUCGAGUGGCCGAACCCUGCUGGCGGAGAAGCACGAAUCCGCCAAGGAUGAUCAGAUUAAAAGUAUCCUGACACCCGCGCUUGUAGCGGAGAUUCUCCUUGACGCUCAAUCGAGUAGUCAACCACGUGCUGGAGAGGACGCUGACGAUGGUGGGAGGCUGGACAAGGCAUCUGUGCUGGCAGAUGUGCAAGCACUGUUCAAAUGGCUCAGGAGCGCUUCCGAUGGACAACCACGAUCUGCUGAGAAGCUACUACGUGAAAUGCUUGAGAGGCAGCAUGCACCUGCGAAUGCAUGCUAG